GCCAUUAUUGCCUUGCUGCUCUGCCCACACCGGGGACUUGAACAACGACAAGCAAGCUCAAGGAUGACAAUCAUCGAGAAGGGUAUCGACUUGCUCGCACUCGUCGGUCUUCAGCGCGCGAUCAGGGACGUCGGCACGUUCCAGGUGGUGGGCGCACUCGUCCUGCUCGCUGCUGUAGGAGUGUUCGUCGACUGGCUAUGGAUGUACCAGUUGCAUAAGAAGAUGCCACCUGGCCCAAUGCCCUGGCCGAUCAUCGGCAACACCUACCAACUCCCUGACGAGAAACCUUGGAUAUUGUUCGAAGAGCUGGCAAAGAAGUACAAGACUCAAGUGCUGACGUUCUGGAUCGGCAGGAAUCCGACUGUGUGGAUAUGCGACGCUUGGGCUGCGAGCGACCUGCUCGACAAGCGGGCGGGGAUAUACUCCUCUCGCCCGCAUAUGGUCGUAUUCGGUGCUCUAGGAACUGGGCAAAACAACCUGGUGACGAUGACCUAUGGCGAACGCUGGCGCCUGCACAGGAAGCUCACGCACAUGGGCGUCGGUCUCCAACAAGUGCGGAACUACAAGCCCUUCCAGGACGACGAGAGCCGGAUCGUGGCGUACGACGUGCUUCGUAAGCCGGAGCAGUACGUGAUGCAUUUUGAGCGCUAUGCUGCGAGUGUCGUCAGUAUUAUUGGCUAUGGACGGAGGAUUGCGAGCGAUACGGAUCCUAUUAUCACCGAGGUUAUCGCGGUCAUGCAGCGGGCGGCUGAGCUGAACGUUCCGGGGAAGACGUUCCCUAUGCUCCUGGAGACGUUCCCAAUCCUCUCGUACUUCCCGCCCGAAAUCGCCCCUUGGAUGCACGGUCUCCGGCGGGGCGGCGGCCGAGCGUACGGGUUCUUCUACGCCCUAGCGGAAGAAGCAGCCACGGAGAGCAAGAACCACAACUACAUGAAAGCCAUCUUUGACGAGAACGACAAGAACCACCUGUCGAAGAAGGAGAUCGCUUCCCUCUCCGGGAACCUCUUCGGCGCAGGGUCUGACACCUCUAGCUCCACACUGGUCACAUUCGUCCUAGCGUGCUGUGCGUUCCCCGAGUGCCUCCCCAAGGCGUGGGAAGAACUCGACAGAGUGGUAGGCAACGCCCGCUCUCCAGACCUGGGGGACGCCCCCUCGCUCCCAUACGUCAACGCCUUUGUGAAAGAAGUAUUCCGCUGGCGGAGCGUAGCUAUCAUCGGUGGCCAACCGCAUGCUCCGAUCCAGGACGACUACUAUAAGGGCUGGCUGAUACCGAAGGAUACGUGGGUACAAGGAAACACCUGGGCGAUCCAUCACCACUCGCGUGAUUUCCCAGAUCCGGACGUCUUCGACCCCGAGAGGUUUUUACAGGGGGGGAAGAGGAACAGGCCGUUCCCGAAUGAGAAGGGGUAUAUGACGUUUGGCUGGGGGAGGAGGGUGUGUUCUGGCCAGGGAUUGGCGGAACAGGGCACGUGGAUCACGGUUGCGCGCUUGCUUUGGGGCUUCUGGAUCCGGAAAGCGGUGGAUGAGAAAGGGAGGGAAGUGCCGGUGGAUAUAUUCGCUUAUACGAACGGGCUAAACAUGCGCCCUCGCCCAUUCGCCUGCCGCAUCCAGCCCCGCACUGAAACGCACAGGCAGACAAUUGAGCGGGAAGGCCUGCAGGCGCUGGAGGACUUGAGCGUCUAUGAGGGAGAGACACGGUAUAGGAUGAGCACGUUUUAUAGGGAGAAUCCUAGUGUGGAGUAG